UAUGCACUCCUGUUGCAAUGGUAGAAACAGCACAGCCAGAAGUCCCAAUUCUCGAAGAAGAGGAGACAGCCUUUUCUGAACCUCUUCAAUCAACCCCUGUAAAGUCCAGGUUGGAACAAGAAGAGUUGAAGAUGGUGCUCACCAGUCCUGCUGAUGCAGAACCAAGCACAAAACCAUCCACAUCAGGGACAUACAUAGCCCUGCCUCCAACCUGGAGACUGUCAGAGUUACAAAACCUGAACUCAGCUGCUGAAUCUGAGACCCUGGAUACCUCCAUGACUUCCAUAGAGACCCCUGUGGACAGAGAUGACAGCGCAUUCCUUCCAUCAAGCAGUGAGGGCACAUCCACAAGAACAUCUUCCUCAGACAACAUUGCUGGAGCAGGAAGCAGAGGCGACUGGUCUGAGAGGAAGUGGAUUGUGAACGAGUCAUGCCUAAUGGAACUGUUCACAAUUUGUCACACAUGCGGGGUAUCCAUUAAUGAGAAAAAGAUCACCAGCAGUGGAUCAAAAAUUCAAAUAGAAUGGACAUGCAUCAACCACCAUACGGGAGUGUGGCAGUCCUGUCCUGAUGUCCGUGGAAUACCUGAGAACAACCUGGUGUCCUCAGCAGCCAUUAUUUUCACAGGAACAACUCAGAAUGAAAUUGACGAGUGGGCUGAUCUUCUAAAUUUACAACUGCCAAAGAAGACAUCGUACUACGCACUACAAUCCAACUACAUGAUACCUGUUAUUCACAAAGCCUACACUGAGAUGCAAGAAGAGUUUUUGACAGAACUCCGGGAAACAGUAGCUGCUGGUGGACACACAGAUAUCUGUGGUGACGCAAGAUCUGAUUCCCCUGGUUACAGUGCCAAGUACACCUGUUACAGCUUUAUGGAUGAUGCAACAAAGAAAGUAAUCAUGUCAGAUCUAAUUCAGGUAUCAGAGGCUACCAGUUCACCGGCAAUGGAGCCUGUUGGUUUCCGGAGGGGCCUGGAUCGUCUACUGGACUCUGGCGUUAGUGUUGACGUAGUUACUACUGACCGGGCUCCAUCAAUACGGAAGAUAAUGAGAGAGUCUUAUCCUGAGCUCAGGCAUCAAUUUGAUCCAUGGCAUGUUGCGAAAGGCAUAAAGAAGAAGGCUACGGCACUGGCAAGAAAGAAAGAAAAUCGGGAUCUUCAGCCAUGGAUCAAGUCUUUGGGCAACCACAUCUGGUUUUCAUGCAGUUCUUGUGGUGGCGAUGAGAAGGAGUUGAGACACCGGUGGACCUCUAUCCUUCAUCAUGUGUGUGGUGUCCACCGUUGGGAAGGAGAGGAUGGACAGGAGUACAGUUGUCGCCAUGAUGACAUCAGUGAGGACCAGCAACGAAGAAAGAAAUGGCUGAAGGAGGGGAGUGCUGCCUGGAACGCUUUGAAGAGUGUCAUUAUGGACAAAAAUCUCCUGCGAGACCUAAGUCAUAUGACUUUGUUCAAGCAUACAGGGGACCUUGAAGUGUUACACAGCUCUAUGCUGAAGUAUGCAGAGAAGAGGCGCCACUUCACAUAUGUCACCAUGCAGGCAAGGCUCCAACUGAGUAUAAUGGACCACAACCACAAUGUUGGCCGUCAGCAUGCCCGAACGCAAUCUGGACAAGAAAAAUUUAAUGUGUUUCAUUCAAGGCAGUCAAACCAGUGGGUUGCGAGGAAACUGUAUGAGCCAACAACUCAGGAGUUCCGUAAGGAAUUGGUGGAACAGGUCCUUCAGAGGCGGCUGGACAAGAAUGUCAGGCUUGGAGAUCCAGCUUUCCACAUCCAUCCUCCAGUCAGCAUACCCGCCAACAUUGCUCCUACUCCAAAGCCAAACAAGACUGACUUGGUUGCAGAACAUGCAUCACGGUUUCCAAAAAAACAUACUAAUGUUGAAAAUGUUGAUUUCUGAAACUAAAACUUAUUUGUAAUAGUUUUUAUUGUCAUUAUUUCCCCCUCAUUUACUCAUAACUCUUCUCAUACUGUAAUUGUAAUCAAAACUAUUACAACUGAUGUCUUGUUGAACAAAGUUUUAUUUAGUUUUUUUAAUGUUAGACAUGUAAAAUAUUUAGUGUAAAUAAUUUGUAACAAAGUAUAAAAUGUACAGGAAAAUGUCUAUUUUUAAAACAUCUACAACAUGUAAAAAAAACUAAAACAUCUAAAACAAUUGCAGUGCAUCCGCUGAUUCUUUGAAACCUGUAUAUUGCCCAGUUGGUGAUGGAUAAGUUCUUCUUAUUAGCUCUACCACACAGGAUGGAAGAACUCUCCGGUUUCCUGGACCAAGCUUCUCUCCUUUUAGACCCCAUUCCAAGACAAUUCGAUAAGCGAUCAGCCUGUACUGUCUGAAAUAGUGAACAACAUUGAUU